GCGAAAGAGAAGGGUAACAUGGGAUUAAACAGACGGUUUUCAGCCCUGGUUCUACUGACGUUUCACUGCGGUAAGAACAUUGACACUGUAGUCUUCAUGCAAUACUGUGUAGGCUAGUGUUUACUGAACUCACUGUCCGUGUCAGAGCAACAAGGACACAUUUUUCAUUCACAGUUAUCAAGGAAGUGCAAUAUCGUAUUUGUUUUUGACUUGAACUAGGCUGUGUAGAUCACAGGUGCAUGAUAAACCUAGGUCAUGUGGCUUCAAAAGGUACUGCUACCACGAAAACCGUUAUUUAUUGUGUACAGUGUUACUUUAUGGACUCUUGUGGCAUGGAUUCUGUAAUACCUGCUAUCAGGGACCUUGGGUUGAACAACAUUUACCUUUACCAGAUUACUGCACUGUAUGGUCUUUGAGCCUGCUAACAUUAGCAGCCUCAUUAAACUUAGAUUGGAAUGGGUUCUGAUAAGAGUGGAAUUAAAGGGUGAGUUACCGCCCAGGCAAUUCUUGCACGUAUUCAGGUCCAAGAGUGGAAGAUCCUACUGGGGCAUUUAUGCAAUUGGCCACUUAAAAAGACAGAAAAAUGUAUGCUAAAAUCACACUGCUACUGUAGAUGGAGAUUCUUUUCAACAUCAAUGAUGAGUCUGUUGUUUUGCAGCAAUUGGCUCACAGACACUUGCAUGCCAGACCCCAGAGCUGAAGUGUGACUUUGUGUGUGACUGCACAGACUGCAGCGAUGAGGACGGCUGUGGUAAGACUCCCUCUGCUCUGACUAAGCCAGACAAGUCACUACGUAUCAAUUAUAGUACCUGUGCUCCACUGACAAUGCACAUUUGCCACUGAACACCAAUCAUGCCAUUUACCAAACGUUAUGUUAUAUCACUAGAACGGGAUGGAAAAAGUUCAAGGUCAAGAAUAACCCAUUUCCAAGAACACACACUGCCAGACCAUAGAACACACAGCUCCCUCAGACCAACAAAUUGCAAUGCAAGCUUUAGAUUUUUAAGUGAUGCCUGCCUGCUUGCCUGUCUGUCUGCCUGUCUGUAUCAUGCGUGUUGGUGUGAAACCCCAGGCUACAGAGGGACGGACUUUGUGUGUGACUUUGAGGACCCAUACCUGUGUGGCUGGCAGGACCUGUCCUUGGAGAAGGCCUACUCCUGGGAGAGGCGUCAGAGAGGGGACACGCUGCCGGACAGCGGACCCUCCUCAGACUUCACCAUUGGGACAGCCACAGGUACACUCUCCACAGUACUAGCACACACGGAUAUGUACUCAGUGCUUAUGCACACUCCUGCUCUCCCAGUCAAUUUACACAAGUAGAAAAACACAGGGCUAAGAAGGUUUGUGUAAUACACUACUAAAAAUGGUCAUUCACAUCUUCUAGUUGUGUGUGGGAGAUUAUGCAAUGUUGUGUGUUGUGUUUUCAGGUUGGUUUAUGGGAGUGACCGAAGUGAAGGCACACUCUCCCAGCACUGCAGUGAUGGCAUCUCCCACGAUGAAACAGUCUUCUCCCUCAUGCCGAAUGCACCUCAGAUACUUCCUCUGGGACCCAGGUAACACAAUAGCAUUACGAUAGCAAGGUUUUUACAGUAAUACUUAGCUAGUUUUUCUGAUCAGUUUUAGCAUCUAGCCGCUGUCUAGAAUGAGGUCACUUCCCUCAAAUUCUAACCUUUAUACGUUGAUUAUUAUCAGGGUACACAGGGCUGGGGCCUGCCCCAUUGUUGGCCUCUGUGUAUAGGGAGGACAGCACCCAGCAGGCAGUGGUGUGGCGUCCUGAGAGCACCAGCGUGCGUGGCUGGAGGGAGGCAACCGUCUUCCUGGGACACAUCCCCACCGCCUUCCAGAUCCGCCUCCACUCCCAACGCACCGAGGGGCGCCGCGGAGACGUGGCUAUAGACCAGCUGCAGUUCCUGGACUGUGCCCUGCCUCGUGAGUCUCUCUCUUUUUCUGUCUUUUGAUUCCUCUGUUUCUUUAUGUUCUCUUCCUCAGAUCUGUUAUUCUGCGUCAGUGUGUUAACGUCACUUUGAGUUUAGAGAGAUUACUCUGUUUUCUCAGAUACGCUCUAUUUUCUCUCUCUUUUUUCUCUUUCUCUCUCUCUCUUUCCACCUCUACCUCUACCUCUCUCUCUCAGUGCCAGUCCCAGGGGAGUCGUGUGCUGCGGGGUUACUGGAGUGUAACAGGGAGGGCUGUGUGGAGCAGCGUCAGGUCUGUGACGGCACUGAUGACUGUGGUGACAAAACUGACGAGCAGAAUUGUGGUGAGAGACAACUUAUUCCAUCCUUAUUUUAACCCUCUUCCACUAUUUUUAUGAACUCUGUGUGGCUCUGUGUGUUUAGGAGGCUACUGGGGCUGUGACUUUGAGGACGGAGUGUGUAACUGGGACCUGAGGACUAUCUCCACUGGUCUGAAGUGGACAAGGACCAGUCAGGCCAACAUCUCCAUGACAGACCCUUUUAAAGGACCCGGUAGAGACCAUUCCAACAAUACUGCAUCGGGUACAAGCUCAAUGUCAUUUUAGAAACAUAUUAAUCAUUGUUCUGUCCUGAUUUUAUUCCUCAGUGAGAUGUCUUCAACUUGUGUUAUUGCCCUAAAGGUCACUUCCUGUAUGUCACUGUACCUGAAGGCGGGCUCAAAUCUGAUUGGACAUCCUUUCAAAGCCCUCUUCUGGAACCCACCAAUAGCACACAUCCUUGCAAGGUAUGCACUAAGGCACAACAUGGCUUCUCCAAAACACCCCUCUAUCAUGCUGUCUCCACACACACACAUGGCUUCUACCUUGGCAGGCCGGUCUUUUGAACUUUAUACACACAUUUACAUUUUCGUAAUUUAACAGACGCUCUUAUCCAGAGCGACUUACAAGAACAAUUAGGCUUUGGUGCCUUGCUCAAGGGCACAUCAACAGAUUUUUUACCUAGUCGACUCGGGGAUUCAAACCAGCAACAUUUUGGUUACUGGUGUAAGGCUACCUAACGAACAUUACACACACACACUCACACACACACACACUCACACACACUAUAUCACACAAACUCACACACUAUAUCAUCAGUUGACCAACUUGCAGCUGAUAACCAGUCAUACAAUCAUCACUCUGACAGUCAUCAUAUUGCUAACCUCUCAGUCAAGGUAACAAUAGUUGAAUCCAUCAUUAUGUUCACUAUAAUGACUAAUUUACUUCAGUCUGUAAAGGGAUAGACACUUGUCUUUAAUGUGAACAAAAACACCUAAAUGAAUGUCAUGUCUGCCCUGUAGAUGGUGAUGUACAGCCACCAGUUUGGGCCCAGGUCUGGAGGCCUGUCUGUGCUGGUGGCAGACACUGAUAUCUACCCGGUGUGGCAGAGGGGGGGUGCCCUGGGGGACCUCUGGGUCAAGGCUGAGGUGGAGAUCAUUACCAACACCAGCUUCCAGGUGAGUGGACUGGAUAAGGCUGGGUGGACAUAAGCAAAGCGUGGACAUAUGCUCCAGAUGCUUUUCCAGAUGCUCAAAGUGCUUUACAUUAGAUGAGGGACAGUAUUGGUAUAAGAGCCUGUUGAAUACUGACCACCUUUUCAUUUGCAUAUUGCUCUCUUUCUCCUUUUAAUGACUUUCAUCUGUCUUAGCUUGUGUUUGUGGCUGCGAUCCGAGACAAGGAGUAUGGAGGGGUUGCUAUAGAUAGCAUAAUGAUGUCUCCUAACUGCCGCCUCUCUAAAGGUGAACCAAAUAAACACAUACUAGGAAGGUCUUUUUUGAAUCACACAAUGUAUACAGAACUGAACUACUAAUAAUGUUAACCAACAGCACAGUGCAAUAUGGUCAUUACAUAGCAUGUAUACUGUAUCUAUUUACCCGCUUACUCUGUCCCUUUCCCACCUCUCCUCUUGCAGGAAAUGUCACAUUAGCAAAUUUCCCCAAACCUCCUGGGCAUCCUUGCACUGGCGAUACCAGUAAGAUAUGUGACUUUCAUGAAGACUGUGCGGAUAAAGAUGACGAGGCCAAGUGUGGUGAGUACUCUGGGUUUACAAUGUUUGUAUUAUUGUAGGUGUAUUAUGUUUGUGUUAUUUGUCUCAUGAUUCUGAGUGUGAAUCUGCAUGUUCUUAGUGGCUGUGUGUGUGUUUGUGUAGGGGACUUCUCCUAUGAGAAGGGCAGCUCUGGAUGGACAGACAGCAGCAUUGGAAGCCAGCAGUGGGUGCUGAAUGACACCAACAAAGGUAACUUUUGGACAGCGGUGUGUGUGCGUGCAUGCAUGCUUGUGUGUGCUAUGCAUAUCAAGAUACUAUAAGGUAUGAGUGGCCAUAUCUGGUCAGCUGUACAUUUUGUUUAGUUUGUUUUUAAGUAUAGUGACAGACCACCUCUCUCUCUCUGCCCUCAGUCAAGUACCUGUAUGUAGCUAAAGCCCCAGGGCAGCAGUUGACUGAUGCCCAGACACGCACCCCUCUCCUGGGCCCCUCGGGGCCAGCCUGCACCCUCAACUUCUCCUACUCCCUGACCAGCAAGAGCAAUCACACCGGUAACACAGCCUCAGCCACCUGCAGGCAAACCCUAACAAUCACCUUAACCAAAACCUAUGUCCCUCCUACAGUUCAGGACAUCUGCCGCUCCUUGUCUUUACCUCUGCCUCUUUGUUCCCCUCUCUCUCCCCUAGGUGAGCUGUCCAUCCGGGUGAUUGACAGUCUGUUGGGCAGUCAGCCCAGGCUGUGGGAGUUCAGUGGGAAAACAGGAUCCGUAGAGGGGGUGUACCAGCAGGCGCAGGUGUACAUCGGAGCCAGGGAUCACCGCUUCCAGGUAUGAUACCUUCAGGACAUUCUUAUGGUUUGGUUUGGGGGACCUUGUUUGAAGCCAGUAAUCAUCUUGUAUCAUCUACUGUAGUAAAUGUAUUCCUUUUUUGAUGCUGUGGUUACUCUUUCUGGUAUUUACUCUUUCUUUCACUCCACCUCUCUUUCCGAGAUGGAAUUUUCGGCUCGUGCUAGGAAGCUGUGCCCAUGUGCCAGAAUAACAGUGAAGGAUGUUCGUUUCAUCAACUGUCAUGCUCAGUAUUUCCCAUCCUCUCCCACAGGUAAGCAAUUUAUGUUUCAGUUUGAACAAAUAUAGUUUUUAUUGUGAUCAUUUGGUAUAUCACACACAUCCUGUCAAUAUAUAGUAUUUUAUUUUGUUGAUUUUCUGCUGAUAUAUGAUUUGUUUCUUCUGGACAGAUCUGUCAUGUAACUUUGAAGAGGGACUGUGUGGCUGGUACCAGGAUCAAACUGACAACUUUGACUGGAGCCUGCUCACAGGGAUGGACCAUUCCAUUGGCGUCGGUACUAAAAUGACCUUGCGUAGUCAGCUAGGAUCACAUAACCACUUACCAGUUUUACAUUCUAAACAUGUCAUACUUCUCACAUAGUAGCAUUACUCCAAGUGUUCUCUGCUCUCUAUGUAACCAAUGGACCUGAUCAUUAAGUCAUUAGAUGUCUAUAACACCUUAAUUAAUCAUAUCUUUGAUUAUAGGUAAAAGCCUUGCUGUAGACGUAUGGAGCCCCUUGUUACGGGGUGUGUCUGGCCGUCUGUUAUCGUACAGUCUGCCAGGCACCUCCGGACAUCACUGCCUGUCCUUCUAUUAUAAGCUCUACGGGCCUGAGACAGGUGAGGAUGAAGGGCUCUUCUUGACGUCCAUAACUAACAGUUACAGUAACUAAAGAGUCACUCCUGAACAAAAUGUAAACUGCUCUCCACGCCUUAUUUCUAUCUCCCUGUUCUCUUCCUCACAUCCUCUUCAUAUGUUUUUACUCCUUCUCUCUCAACACCCCUACCCUCCGUCUACCCCCUCUCUCUAUCCCUCUCAGGUGCACUCAGUGUUAAGAUGCGUGAUGCCUACGGCGUUGAGAGUCUGCUAUGGAUUCGCAGCGGUGCCCAUGGCAACAUCUGGCAUGAGGGACACUGUCCAGUAUCUGAGCAGCUAACUAGCUUCCAGGUAAGAGUGGGUUCAAUACAGGUUUUAGGUCCAGUGACACAUAAACAUUCUUAAUAACAAAAAGAGAAUAUGUCUGUUCAUGUUGACAUUGAUAUGACACUUCCAUUUCUCCCCACCCCUGCUCCCCUCUCCUUCUUCCUCUCUGAUUCACAAACACACACAGUUGAUGUUUGAAGCAGUGCGCUCCGGCUUUGACGGGCGGUUGGCGCUAGAUGACUUGGCAUUUGUGAACCGCCCAUGCACCGUGCCCAAUAUGUGCUCCUUUGAGGGCCAGCACUGCGGCUACACCACCACUGGCACUGCCCGCUGGCUCCACACUAACUGGCAGUCCUCCAACACUGGGCCCAAAACAGACCACACACUGGAGACGGUGAUGGGUGAGAGAUAGAGAGAGAGAAAAAUUAAUAGAGAGCCUUUGAGUGUAUUUGUAUUUAUUAUGGAUCCCCAUUAGUUCCUGCCAAGGCAGCAGCUACUCUUUCUGGGGUCUGGCAAAAUUAAGGCAGUUAUACAAUUUUAAAAAUACACUGUUCAAAAAAAUAAAGGGAACACUUAAACAACACAAUGUAACUCCAAGUCAAUCACACUUCUGUGAAAUCAAACUGUCCACUUAGGAAGCAACACUGAUUGACAAUAAAUUUCACAUGCUGUUGUGCAAAUGGAAUAGACAACAGGUGGAGAUUAUAGGCAAUUAGCAAGACACCCCCAAUAAAGAAGUGGUUCUGCAGGUGGUGACCACAGACCACUUCUCAGUUCCUAUGCUUCCUGGCUGAUGUUUUGGUCACUUUUGAAUGCUGGCGGUGCUUUCACUCUAGUGGUAGCAUGAGACGGAGUCUACAACCCACACAAGUGGCUCAGGUAGUGCAGCUCAUCCAGGAUGGCACAUCAAUGCGAGCUGUGGCAAGAAGGUUUGCUGUGUCUGUCAGCGUAGUGUCCAGAGCAUGGAGGCGCUACCAGGAGUCAGGCCAGUACAUCAGGAGAUGUGGAGGAGGCCGUAGGAGGGCAACAACCCAGCAGCAGGACUGCUACCUCCGCCUUUGUGCAAGGAGGAGCAGGAGGAGCACUGCCAGAGCCCUGCAAAAUGACCUCCAGCAGGCCACAAAUGUGCAAGUGUCUGCUCAAACGGUCAUAAACAGACUCCAUGAGGAUGGUAUGAGGGCCCGACGUCCACAGGUGGGGGUUGUGCUUACAGCCCAACACCGUGCAGGACGUUUGGCAUUUGCCAGAGAACACCAAGAUUGGCAAAUUCGCCACUUGGGCCCUGUGCUCUUCACAGAUGAAAGCAGGUUCACACUGAGCACAUGUGACAGACGUGACAGAGUCUGGAGACGCCGUGGAGAACGUUCUGCUGCCUGCAACAUCCUCCAGCAUGACCGGUUUGGCGGUGGGUCAGUCAUGGUGUGGGGUGGCAUUUCUUUGGGGGGCUGCACAGCCCUCCAUGUGCUCGCCAGAGGUAGCCUGACUGCCAUUAGGUACCGAGAUGAGAUCCUCAGACCCCUUGUGAGACCAUAUGCUGGUGCGGUUGGCCCUAGGUUCCUCCUAAUGCAAGACUAUGCUAGACCUCAUGUGGCUGGAGUGUGUCAGCAGUUCCUGCAAGAGGAAGGCAUUGAUGCUAUGGACUGGCCCGCCCGUUUCCCAGACCUGAAUCCAAUUGAGCACAUCUGGGACAUCAUGUCUCACUCCAUCCACCAACGCCACGUUGCACCACAGACUGUCCAGGAGUUGGCGGAUGCUUUAGUCCAGGUCUGGGAGGAGAUCCCUCAGGAGACCAUCCGCCACCUCAUCAGGAGCAUGCCCAGGCGUUGUAGGGAGGUCAUACAGGCACGUGGAGGCCACACACACUACUGAGCCUCAUUUUGACUUGUUUUAAGGACAUUACAUCAAAGUUGGAUCAGCCUGUAGUGUGGUUUUCCACUUUAAUUUUGAGGGUGACACCAAAUCCAGACCUCCAUGGGUUGAUACAUUUGAUUUCCAUUGAUCAUUUUUGUGUGAUUUUGUUGUCAGCACAUUCAACUAUAUAAAGAAAAAAGUAUUUCAUAAGAUUAUUUCAUUCAUUCAGAUCUAGGAUGUGUUGUUUAAGUGUUCCCUUUAUUUUUUUGAGCAGUGUAUUACAAUACAUUCAUAACAGAUUUCACAACUCACUAAGUGUGUGCCCUCAGGCCCCUACUCCACUACCACAUAUCAACAACACAAAAUACAUGUGUACAUGUGUGUAUAGUGCGUAUGUUAUCAUGUGUGUGUAUGCAUGUGUCUGCACCUAUGUUUGUGUUGCUUCACAGUCCCCGCUGUUCCAUAAGGUGUAUUUUUAUCUGUUUCUUAAAUCUGAUUCUACUGCUUGCAUCAGUUACCUGAUGUGGAAUAGAGUUCCAUGUAGUCAUGGCUCUAUGUAGUACUGUGCUCCUCACAUAGUCUGUUCUGGACUUGGGGACUGUGAAGAGACCUCUGGUGGCAUGUCUUGUGGGGUAUGCAUGGGUGUCUGAGCUGUGUGCUAGUUGUUUAAACUGACAGCUCGAUGCUUUCAACAUGUCAAUACCUCUCACAAAUACAAGUAGUGAGAGAUACAGAGAAACAUGGAAUCUUCUUAAACAUAUCCUAUUGUUGUUCCUUAGGGUACUACAUGAUGGCAGACAGUGAUGUGGAGAUCCUACCACAGGGCAGUGUGGCCACCCUUACAUCUCCUGUGCGAGUAGGCGUGGCACAAACAGAGUGUGUUCACUUCUGGUACCACAUGGGGGGAGAGAAUCCU